AUGUAUCUGAGCAUUUUCCUCGGCGCCUGCAAGCAGCCAACCGGCGCAAGCGCAGGAAAAAAAAAAAAAAAAAAAUCCGUCGCUUAUUACAGGCUUUUUUCAACCCCGAAGGGCGGGGGAGAAACGGGCAAGCGGCUCCGCGGAGCAACACUGCCCCCUGCAGACCACAGAAACCAAAAUGCCAGCAAGCCCGGAAGAACAUCGAUCCUUCCUGCGCGGUUUUCGGGCAGAGGACUGGCCAAUGUAGUUGGGAAACUUCUGGGGGAUGCCCCUGAGGACCUGACGUGCACAGUGACUGUUUCUGGAGGGAGCAUCUAG